GGAAGAGGCUGGCGAAGUAACCCAAGGCUGAGAGCCUGCUCAGGUGAUGACAGCACGCCAUGUUGAGACGUUCCAGCGUCACAUGGUAGAGAGACGUUUCUGGAGUAGCACGGUCCCCACGGGGCAAUGGCAACAAGACGUUCCGACACAAAGGGUCGAUCUCGGUUCGCAGGACGAAAGCUGUUCCCUAGUCUGGCCUGGUGGAGACAGUGGGAUUCUAGCGACUGGGACCACCUCCUGCAAGCUAACGACGAAUUACGUAGUGGAGACAAGCCUCUAGCGGACAAGGGGGAGGAAUCAUAGCCUGAGGCCAACCCACAGCCCAGAGUCGCCAAGGCAGCUUCCAGCCGUCAGGAAGAAGACGCAGGCGCGGUCAUUGGAGAAGCUUACGGGCUAAGACAUUGACAAGAGAUGGAUGGGAAUUUACUCGGUCUGGGUAGGAUUCGGCGUGUCCGACGCGACGAGCGCCGGCUGUGCGACCGAAUUCUCCCAUGAGCUGCGCACGCGGGAGACAACUUCAAGUAGCAAGUCGACACAAGCGACGCAUUUUGGAAGAAUGGGGAGAAAUACCUUUGCAGAGCGUAAGAGGAGCGAUGAUGUUGUUCUUCACCCCCGCCUUGCUAGCUGCUCUACAUGGCUAGUGGAACGGGUACCUCGACCCUUGCAACAACACCACAUUUAUCGGGUCGUUGCGACCGCCCGAGGCACACACGCGCAAUGCAUGGUUUCGACAGCCGAAAGGUGUGCAAUUGCAAUCACUUGGCCAGUGAGAGAUGGAGCGAAAGAAAUGCGCCUGCAGCAUCUCGAGCCGGGGUUGAUUACAUGGCUCCCAUCACCAAUUGGCUCUUGGCCUGGUACGACAUCGAGAAGCGGGAAAUCAUACGAAUGCCCAGGCUAUCAAGGCGGGCUAGACACGCCACACGCACCUUUUCUCUGCUUGCUCUUCUUAUCGCGCCGACCGUCGAUCAGUGCCUACUUGCUAUCUAUAAAACGUCGUUGAUCCCAGUCCCUGGUACAUGGCCUUUAUAGUGCAAUUCUUUGCGCUCCUCCUCAAAAAUAUACUCUGAU